CGGUAACCAGUGAGCGCCGUGGGGCUGGUUUCCACGGCUCCUCCCUCUGAAGCCAGGAGGUGACGUCGCUGUUUGCUCAGGUGCAUUGGGUCGAGUCGAGGGGAGAUCGCGGAGCGAGUGGGUUGGAGUGACGCUGCUGGCGGCCGUCGCUAUCCCGACUGCAGAAGGGAACUGCAACAUCAUGGCAUCUGGAAGGAAUAGUGAGCCAUGCAGGUCAUGUUCAUCAUAUGAAAAAAAGACCAAUGAGAUUGAUACAGAGCAGAAUCAGGAGGAAGAAAUAGAGCACAUUUUUCAGAAUAAUGUCUGCUGCCAACAUCAUAAUGAGGUAGAAGAGGAUCUGAGCAAUGGUGUGACAACGCCUGGGACAUCAGAUGUGGACGAGUGGCAGACACAUUCCAGUUCCUCUGUGGAAAUAGGGCGUCAGCUGGCAAUUAUUGGAGAUGAGCUCAAUAACCAAAAGAACGGAGAAUCUCGAGAUGUGCAAGUCUACUUUCCCUUUGCAUUUGGGCUUGAGUCGUUCCGCAGAGUUGCUGAAAGAUUAUUUGAUAAUGAAAUAAACUGGUGGCGCACCAUCACCCUGCUAAGCUUUGGAUACAAGAGUUUGAAAUAUGUCUGUCGGGGAGGAAUCAUGGAAUAUUUUGGCAGAGUCACAGAACCCAUUGGAAAGACCAUAGCAAAGAAUCAAAUUACUCAAUGGAUUGCAGAGCAAGGAGGCUGGACCACUGCCCUUUCCAUUGAGCAUGUCAUCUUGAAAUGGCUGUUUGGAAUCUUUGUGAUUGCUAUGCUGGGUGUGGCAAUCGUGUGCAAGGUUUACAAAUCGUAAACCAAGUGCUGUGCUGGAUCGUCAAAGCUGGUCUUGGCCAAGCAGCAUAUUUGCUAACUUCACCCAGGUGGUGGAGGUCCUUUUUUAUUGUCAAAUUUUGAAAAAUGGAAAUAAUGUUUUUGAAUUUUUCUUUAGUUAUUUAAGAUUUUGGGAAAAGUGCUGGGCCACACUUACAUUUUUCUAAAAAUAUAAUAUUACGAAAUCAAAUGUAUGACUGUUACUGGUAACUGUCUACAUUGCUUGAAAUGGGUGUUUGUGGUAGUUUUUCACAUUGAUUUCAAAGUUACAGCCAUGAUCAUGGUCAUGCCAUUGCAUUAGAUGUUAUCUAUCUAAAAACACUAAAAUACAUCUUUGAAUUGAUGUCCAUUUCAAGAUAGAACCUUAUUAUGGACAAGGGUAUCAUUUGCCUUUGGUAAACAAUGCUUUGCCUUUAUUUGUGUAGUAGUAUUAAUAUACUGUAUACAAAUAUUAUUUCAAUGUUAACACAUUUACCUGAUGAGAAUGUGAUAAUUAGGCUGUUGAGAAGAUGGUAGAAUGGUGUGAUUGAACUUUUGUCUUCCUGUUAAUUAAGAUGAAUGGUAGUUCUUAGCCUGCAGAAGGGUCCUAAGGCACGUUUAUAUGUAAAUAUAACCCCAGGUUAUACUGAGUGCUGGGUCACUAGAAAAAUCUGAGGCACAUUUGAGUGCAGAAAGAGUUUUAUUCUUGUAAUGGCUUUGUAGUUUUUUUUUGGUGAGGCAGGAGCAUCAGAUGUUCUUGCUAACCUAUCUGAGUUUCUUUAGCAUGAGUGCUCAGGAUCCUCUCCUUGAGCCUCUCCAGUGGUCACCUUCCAUCCUAAAUCCUUCUUUCAUCCACUGUCCACAAAUCUGAGUCACAGCAUUAUCAUGGACCUUACCAGUGGGUGUGUUUUUUUUAAAGUGGUAUUUUUCCAGAAUGAGGCGGUAUUGUAAUCUAUUAACUCAUCUGCUGACUGAGCCCCAUUCUGAGCAGUCACUUUGUUGUGAUACAUAAAAGGAUUGCACACUUGUAUUAUGUGACAUUUCUUAAGCCACCAUCGUCAUCAAUCACACUGCUCUGCUCUCUAACACAUCUCCAUUUUCACCCUCCCAUGUUGUUUCAUGCAAUCAGAAUAAAUGAGCAAAGCUAUCAGAUACAUCUAGAGGAGAAAACAUUUUGAUAUAAGCUGCAUUUCAUCCAUUACUCUUCUUAAUCUUAAAAUCUAGUUUUUUUAAAGCUCUGAUACCAUUUCCUAAUCUUUUUCUUCAUUUUUAUCUCACUGUUGUCAGCUUCUGGUACCCUAUAUGAUGAAUAUUUGUGCCUGUUUGCAGUAAGGAAGAAGUUGAUGGUGAUCGCUAAAUUUGAUUAAAGUGCCUCGAUCAGUAUGUGCUAUCUUGUCGAAUGGAUAAAAUUCCUUGUUAUUUUAAGUUAACGUUUGAUAUUCAAAGUGUAAUUUGAUUUAUUUAUGCCACCCUGCCUCUCACAAAUGUAUUUAUAGAAACCUUGCGUGUAAAUACAUAUUUUGUGUACAGAAGCUUGGUUUCUGUUUAAACUUUCUAAUAGUUUUGCAUUGGCUAUUCAUUUCAAAAUUUCGAUGUUCAUAGUUUUUUUUAAAAUGAAAACUCCUGAGUGAACUUAAGAAAUUUCUGACUGUUAUAUUAUUAUUUUCCCACAAUAUGCAAACUUGGAACCAAAAGUUUCCAAGUUCCCAAAACAUAAAUGAGACAUUAUUCGAUCUCAUUCGUCUGGAGCGAUUACCACCAGCUUGUUUUUACUGAAACAAUGGCAGGAGAUCUGGUAUGCACACGACACCAAAAUGGAAAAGAGUAAUGGAAAUUACCAAAAUCAGGGGGUGAUAGUAGCAUCUUUGUGUCUUAAGAUUGCAAACCAUGAUUUAUCUUCAAUUAGCCUAAUAUGACUUGUAUAUCAAACAAACAACUGAAUCCUCUCUCAGCACAUAAUAUAGUCAACAUUCUUUUAAAUUAAUGCAGUGCCAUUACAUCAUUUGGUGAUUGUGUCAUUUGUUGCUGAUUUUAGAAAAUGUUCACCAAGGGCAGCCUGAUGUACUUUGUUCAUUGACUUUACCUACACCUUUAUCAUAGCUAUUACUUUCAAUGUAAUCUGCUUCAAAUCAUCUGCUAACCACAAUGCAGCACAUAGCUUAGUACACACUAUACAAGGUCUUUAAAAAAAAUCAGGACAAGGGUAUCAGGUGAAGCCUAAUCCUAUUCCGAUCAGUUUUUUAAUGAUAAACAUUAUUGUCUUGAUUUAAGUAAAAUGAGCGCUCUAGAUCUCCUCAGUUGGCCAUCACUUGCAGGGAAGAUACCUCACAUAACACUUAAAAAUUAAAGAACAUUGCAAAUUAUAUUCCUUCAUAAAUUUUAUUCAUGAUUCUUUGAAUAUUGAAAUUAACAUUUUUUUUUCCUUGACAAAAACUGCUGGAAGUUGGAGACUUGAGAAAUCAUUGAAAAUUACUUUUACAAUUAUAUCAUUCAGCUAGUUCGAGUUAAACAGAUCAAAUCUGUUUAACUCAAACUUGUGGGACAUGAGAUACCAGAAGAAACUUAUUCCAGGAUUUACAUAUUAUCUUGCUGUGACCAUCAGGAAUUAAAUUGAAUGCAGAUAUAUGUGCACCGAUCUAUUCAUAUGUUCCAUAGCUUCAUUGUUAUCUUCCUUGUAUUGUGAUUGUGGCUAUUUGCUGUCCUCAGUGCAAUGUAUUUCCGUUUUUCCAUGUACUUCAGUGGAUUUACAAGAAUAUCCUUUGGAUUGUACCUGAGCUCACACUGCAUAACAACUGAAAUAAUUUCUAAAUUACAAUCUUAUGUACUUUGCAUCUUGUUGUGUUACCUGUAUAUUCAACUGUGUUACUCUGCUGGAUCAGCACUGUUACUUCCUUCUGACUCGCGACAUAUGCAGUUACAACAUAUGCAUGGAUUUUAAUGUCCUUCGAUUUAUUGCCCUUAAAGGAAUAUGUAGUGUCUGUAAUGAGAGGGAAGUAGGGCAGGCCUUAAAGUAUUGCUACAAGUAAUAUGGAUUCAAAACCAUUAAUUUUCUCAAUAGGCAGAAUCUUCUGUAAUUGAAUGACCAUUUUCAUCAAAAAUGUUUAUACAUUUGCAGGCAUGAUUGCAUUGUAUUGGAAUGUAUUUGUGUUUUGAUAAUAUGCAGUGUCAUCUCGAUGUAGAUUAUAGGCUGCCACAGUUGCCACCAUUUGCAACAUUGCAUUCCUUUACAUAUUUUAUUCAUGAUUGUUUAAAUGCUGAAGUAAACAUUUUCUUCCUUGAUGCAAACUGCUGAAAAUUGUGAACUGAAGUUUUGAGAAAUUACUGGAAUGCUAACCAGAAUGCACUUGGCUGAAUAAAAGGAAAAUAAAUAUAAAUUCCGUAUGGUUUCUUAAACAAUAACUAGAGGAUUGAAUUCACAAGUGAUAGAUAUUUUAAUAUUAUUUUAGGAGGUGAAAUUCUUUUUCUAUGUGGAAAGUGCUUCAAUACGUCGCAUCACACUUGCUUAUUGAAUUGGUGGUAAACACCUCAAUUAGACCAAAUCUUAAGUUCUUUUUAAAAAAACA